UUUGACUCUACUAAUUACGUCUUAUUGUUUUGCCAAUCAUUGAAAAUAUUGAAAUUAUGUCGAAUGAGAUUUUGCAACAAUACAUAUCGGAACAAUUACGAAACUUUCAUCAUGAUAAGAGAUGUUGUAUCAAGAUUUUGGGUCAGUAUUUUGCAUUAGAUCCGCUUCAUUUUUUUAAAAUAUGCAAGGCAUUGAUGCUGCGCAUGCGUCCAUGUCUGGACAGGGGCCAGGAGUCAAUGAUAGUGUUCAAGGACGUAUGCUACCAUGUUCCAGUCGAUGCUUUGGAGUUGAAGUUGAGUCCCGAAUCAGUUAAAGACAUGUACAUGCUUCAAUGUAGUUCGGAUUUCUGCGGUGGCGCUCAAGAAUUUCAAAUGUCGCCGGAUUUCCUAAGUCCAAGCAAUGUCACGCCAGUAGUUCCUCCACAUCGUUUCUCAUUGGGACCUUUGAAACAAUCGAUUGCCCGUUGCAAUGCAAUGGGCCAGCAAAGUUUCCAAGAUCAAUGUCCCAUGCAACCCUACAAGGAGUUCAUUUUGAAAGGCUUGGAUCGCAAUCGAGUUCUGGUGAUAAACGGUGGUUCGACCUUCGGCAAGUCUACGGCUAUUCCCAUGUACAUCAUAGAAAAAUGCGGGCUGGAGAGACGCCAUUGCAAGAUAAUUUGUGUGGAAAGGGAACAACUGGUGGCCAUACACAAUAGUGAAGUCUUGGCUGGUCAUUUUCAUGAAAAGGUGGGCGAAAGAGUGGCCUAUCAAGUGCAAUUGCAAAGCCGCAUAAGCGAUUCGUCUAAUCUGGUCUAUACAACAUCAAGUUUCUUGCUGCGCGUGCUCAUGGGCCAAACCGUAGUAGAUAGCUUUCGCCACAUAUCACAUGUGGUGGUGGUGGAUGUUCAUUUGCAUGAAGCCUAUUCGGAUUUGUUGUUGCGUGAAAUAAAGAUGGCCUUAAAAUAUCAUCCUUAUUUGAAGGUUAUAUUGUUGUCGAACUAUAGCCGCAACUAUGAGUUUCUACAAUACUUUGGUGAGGGUGAAGAGAUAAGUCUUGAGGCGCACCACCUUGAAGGUGUCAAAACGGAGGUGUUGUAUUUGGAGGACAUAAACAAAAUUCUGCCGGAGACAAGCCCUUCAAAAUUGAUAACAAGAGCUUUCAACACUCUGCCAAUACCAGCACAAGCCGUCGAGAUUGCUGCCGGCUGUAACAAAAAAUCGUUGGAUAAAAUUCUGGAGGCUUAUGAAAGAACAGGGGCUGAACAAUAUUUCAACACUUUCAUGUAUAUGGUGCAAGGCGAGAGUGCCGAUAUAAACUACCGAAAUCCUAAUACGGGUAGAACUGCCCUCAACAUAGCCUCAUUGGUGGGCAAAUCGGAACAUGUAAAGAUCUUAUUGGAGUCGGGCGCUAAUCCAUUUAUUAUCGAUAAAUUUGAUGUUGAUGCUUUGAAGGCUGCCUAUUCCAAAGGCCAUUUGGAAUGUGUGGAAAUUUUAAAAGAGGCCUGCUUUAAGGAGACUCCGACUGUUAAAGAUUUUAAAAGCAAUCAAGUUGAUCAUGCUCUCAUUGUGGACAUUAUACAUAUGCUUACCACCAGGCAAGAGCACUGGAAGAGAGGUAAUAUCCUUGUUUGUCUGCCCUCUUACCCACAACUGUUACAACUAAACUAUGCCAUACUCAAGCAAAAACUUUUGGGAAAUUUACCAGAACAAAUAGCCAUAUUCUUGUUGCAUAAUUAUACUGAAAAAUCGCAUUUAGAUGCCAUAAUACAGCCCGAUGCAGGUGUUAUCAAAAUAAUCCUAAGCACGGAUAUAGCCGAGGCUCUUAUGUGUUUUGACAAUCUUCCCUAUGUGAUUGAUACGGCGCUAUAUUAUCGCAGUGUUUUCAAUAAUUUGGCCCAAUGCAAGGAAAACAUUUAUGAAUGGGCCUCGAAGGAUAGUAUGGAAAAUCGUAGAUUGCUGCUGACUUCAGGCGGAAGCCGUGGAGGCGGCGUCUGUUUUCGUUUGUUAUCAGAAGACAUAUACGGUAAGUUGCCAGAAGUUAAAACUCCCGAUUUGUUGGUAAUGCCUUUGGAUCGUGUGUGCUUAUCGGUUAAACUGCUCUCUCAGCAUAGUAUGGUUGCGGAAUAUCUGCAGGAGACAAUUAUUAAGCCACCCUUUAUGGAAAUCUUUCGAGCUGUGGAGAAUCUCAAAAAAAUCAGUGUCUUUACUGAUCUAGAAGACAUAACGUGGCUGGGUUGUCGUCUUAUCGAUGUGCCUGUGGAAUGUCAUCUGGGCAAGCUUUUAGUCUUUGCCAUUCUUCUGCAAUGUCUGGAUCCAGUAUUGACUAUAGUCAGUUUUAUGUCUACCUUAGAUCCAUUCGAAAUAUCCAAUUAUAUGGAUGAGCUACUUGAACCCUACAAAGAAGUGAUACGCUCUAAAAUCAAAGAAGAACGAAAUAAGCUAUCCGAAGGCCAACACUCUGACCACCUGAUGUUCUUGCGCUUAUAUCAGGAGUGGCAAAAUGAUUUGGGGGAUGACAAUACAGACAGUGUACCAAAUAAAUACAGUUUCAUUUUGAAUGGCCUAUUGGAGUAUGUCUGCAAUAUACGCACCCAAUUGGUAGGAGCUCUUCGGUCUUCGCAAUUGAUACACAACAAGGGAAAUUUGAGCAUGCACUACAUCAAUCUCAAGUCGAACAGCUGGUCCAUCAUAAAGGCUGCUUUGGUGGGGGGACUGUAUCCUUCAAUAUGUGUAUUGGAUCGUCACCACAAUCGUUUGAAAUCAGCUUCCAAAUCGGAACUAGUAUUACAUGCUAAUUCAAGUUUGCGUGCUUUAAAUAUCGAAUCUCUGACAAAUGUGGAUUUUAAAUCGCCUUGGAUUGUAUACGGCAAGACAUCGAGAAGCUGGAAUUGCAAUAGUAUAAGUUGCAAUACUGUUGUGGCUGGCAUAAGUGUGGCAUUGUUUGCAGGUCCUACCAAAUUGUCCAAUACCAGCGCCCAAAUCAUUCCAACAUCAAAUGGCGAAAAUGCACAAUGCUAUUUACAUAUCGACGAGUGGAUUGUAUUAAAAAUGGACUGGACGCAAGCCUUGCUGUUGCUUAAGACAAGACAACAUUUUUUUAGUGUUUACACAAAUUAUUUACAAAAAUGUGGCUCAUUGGAAAAAAUCAAACGUACAAAUAUGGCAUUUUGUCAAAAUACUUCCCUCUUUGAAUGUAUAGAGGGGCUGUUGAUACGAGAGGAUGUGGCCAAUGGCUUUUUGCAACCGGAAAGAAUUGGCCUGAGACCAAAGGCGGUGCCAAAUAAACUAAUGAUGACCUUAAAUAGUGGCAUGUUUGUAACUCCGUGUUUGUAUAGAACACCUCAACUCAAUAUCAAUGUUGCUGGGGCUAUUACGGCCUUCAAUAUAACAAACUUGGGCAAUUUCCAUUUGCGAACUAAACAAUAUUUGAUGGUGUAUCAGAAAGAAACAGAUAUCGACGACGAUAUUAACAAUCCCAAUAAAUAUCGCAGUAGUGAAUGGUUCCAUGUGCUCAACUCGCUAUUAGAUGCUAAAACUGAUGCGAAAAAAUUGAUUUUUAUUAUUUUCUAUACACGCAUUCCCGAUUUGCUGAAAAGCGUUUCGUUGGCUGAAUGGAAACAUAAUGGCUAUUUGCAGCUUAAUCCAUGUUUUAAACACGACAUAACAUUGCAUAGCAUUUUAAACAAUGGUAGUGCAAACAAUGCAUCCCUAUCGCUGGCCAUUAAUCAGAAGAGAAUGGUUUUUGUCUUGGAUCAAAAUACUGGAACCUUUGUUUUGAACAUGUUUGCCUACCGCAAUAAUUGGCUGCACAAUAACUAACAAUGAUGGAGGAGACAGAUUUGGAUGAUUGAAUUUUCGAUAAGUUUUUUAUUUUUUUUUAUUUAUGUAUUUGGGCCAUUAGUGCAUAUUCAAUAAAUAUGUUAAAAAUUCUA